AGGGCAAUGUCACGUAGCGGAAUCUUAUUACAUUUGUCGUUGAAAGUCCAAUAUUUUCAUGGUCUUUAGUCUCUCCUCCACCUUUAUCUUUCUCCUCCCUUUUCAUCUGUGAAGUCUGUGACAGGCUCUCUCUCUCUCUCUCUCCUCCCAAUACCCCCAUAAAACCCCAAAUCCUCUUUCUUUCUCGGUAUCUCUCUUUUUUGUAUGUCCCUCCAAAAAGCAACAAAACCCUUAACAAGAUUCUCUUAAAUCAUCACAUUCACACCCACACAUCAGACUUCAUAUCAAAUCCAAUCUACCAAUCCACCACCACAACCCAAUGUCCCGCCACAACUCCUCCACUUUCCCUUCUUGCUUCCGCCCCUCCUCCGCCAAACCCACCGACCUCCGCCACUCCCCGCCUCCACCUCCUCCUCCGCCAAUCUCCGGCCAUCCCAACCUCACCACGUGCCUCUACCACACCGACCUCGCCCUCUUCUCCCUCACCUGGUCCCGCUCCUUCCUCGGCCGCUCUCUCCACCUCAACCUCCUCCACCACUCCUUUGACUCUCCCCUCCCCCCUUCUCUCUCCUCCGCCUCGCCCCCUUCCUUCCACCUCCACAUCAAACCCUUCAUCUUCUGGAAAAAGCAUGGCUCCAAGAGGCUCUCCCCCAACACUCGCAUCUUCUGGGACCUCUCCAGGGCCCGGUUCGGGUCCGGACCCGAACCCCAAUCCGUGUUCUACAUCGCCGUCGUCGUCGACGACGAGAUGACCCUCCUAGUCGGAGAUUUGACCAGAGAAGCCUACGCCAAAACCAGAGCCCACAAAGCCCAGACUCCCCAAAUCCCAAUUCUGAAACGGGAGCAUGUGGUCGCCAAGAAAAUCUACACCACGAAAGCGAGAUUUGGUGGGAAGCUGAGAGAGAUCCAAAUCGACUGCGGGUCCAACGACCUGAGCCGGCUCUGUUUCAGCGUCGACGGCCAGAGGGUUCUGCAGAUAAAGCGUUUGAAGUGGAAAUUCAGAGGCAACGAGCGAAUCGAAGUGGACGGGACGCCGCUGCAGAUCUCGUGGGACGUGUACAAUUGGCUGUUCGAGAGCGACAGUGACGACGGGCACGCCGUGUUCAUGUUCAGGUUCGAAGAAGACGAAGAAAUCAACAAAGAGAGCAAUAAUUGCCAGCUGGGUCAUUUAAAUUCAUGGAAUUUUGGGAUGAGUGGGAUCGAGUGGAGGAAGAUGGGGAAGAGCUUGUCGUCUUCUUCGGUGUCGAUGUCGUCUGCAGGGUCUUCUGGAGGGAGUUCGUCGGUGAUGGAGUGGGCUAGCAUGGAGGAAAGUGAGCUCAGCGGCGGUCCUACUGGGUUUUCUUUGCUGGUUUAUGCCUGGAAAAGGUGAAAAUUCAAAGGAAAGGAAAGCAAAGCAAUUCAAUUCAAAUUCUUCAAAGUUACAAUUUGAGUAGGCUGGUUGGUUCUAUAUAAUUAAUUGUUGGUGAGAUUGCCUAGUAAUUUGUUACUUUUACUAACCCAUUUGUUGUUGAACAUAGUCGAAUAAAUCCAUUUACUAUCUAUCUAUAUCUACAAGGGACGGAGGAAACUAUGAAAUUCAUAGAUACUUUAUAUGAGAUUAGAUCUAACAAAUCUUACUUAGCCUAGCUAUAUGUUAAAGACAAAACCGUGUUCGGUAUUUUUUUGUUUUUUUUCUACUGGCAACUUGGAAACGGAAUUAUUUAUGCUGUAAAUUGUUCGUGUAAUGUGAUUUAUGAAGAAGAACAUACUUGUUUU